AUGGCCAUGGAGACUGCAGUUGCUAACCCCGUGCUCACCCUGGACGCAGCCCCGACCAAGUUCGCCGUCCUCAUCUUUCCCGGCUUCGAGCCCCUCGACGUCUUCGGUCCCGUCGAGAUCAUCCAGACCCUCUCCUCCCACAAGCCCAUGUCCCUCUACUGGAUCUCCUCCUCCACCUCCCCCGCGCUCGACCCCGUCAGCACCCUCGUCCCCGACGACCUCCCCAUCACCAAGCCCGCCUUCCUCACCAACGUGAAGAACCCCAACGCGGGCGCGACCGUCGUCCCCACCCACACGCUCGCCGCCCCGCCCGACGACAUUGACGUCCUCCUCGUCCCCGGCGGCUGGGGCGCGUUCUCGCACGCGCUCGGGCCCGCGGUCGAGUACCUGCGCGCGACGUACCCGACGCUCAAGUACAUGAUCAGCGUGUGCAACGGCGCGGAGCUGCUCGCGCGCGCGGGCGUGCUCGAGGGGCGGCGCGCGACGUGCGACAAGGUGCUGUGGGCGCACAACACGACGAUGCACCCGGGCGUGGGGUGGGACAAGAAGCCGCGGUGGGUGAUCGACGGGAACGUGGUGACGUCGGGCGGGGUGAGCGCGGGGCUGGACAUGGCGCUGGGGUGGGUUGCGCAUGUGUGGGACGAGGGGCUGGCGCGGGAGAUUGCGAACGUGGUGGAGUACGAGUGGCGGAACGACCCGAACUUCGAUGUGUUUGCGUACGUGUGGUAG